UCAGAGAGUGUGGACGUAUCGCUUGUUAUCUUGAAUCUCACGUUUCGCUCGUGUUUUGACAGUUUCGGAAGUCCGUACGUGAUCCUAUAUUAUUAUUAUUUUGAUUGUUAUCAACAAUUCAGCGACCGAUAAGUGCAACGGAAAUAUAAUAUAGAAGAACUAUUGUGUAAUCAAAACAAAUAAUAAAGUUUGUUGGAUGCAUAUACACGUGAAAUUAUAACCCACUUCUAGGGAAAACGGCAGUGCAAAGUGAAAGUUUUAACGUCGCCGUGAAUAGCAUUUUUGGACAAAGCUAUCUGGGACACAUUUUUGGGACUGUUUUUCCUGAGGCGUGUAAAUAAUUGCAAAAGUUCUCGGCCGCUCAGGGCACGAGCAGCUGGGUGACCCGAAAAGUGAUAAUAAAAAUAAACGAUUAACCGCGAGAUUUACGUAGUUCUUUGAAGCUGGAUCUUAUGAUGAUUAAUGACGCGUGCGACUCGAGGAUGCGAUUCGGCAGACGUUGAAAAUUGUUGAUUCGAAAAAACAUUCUGGCUUUAUGAGGGAGAGACGGUCGUUACCGAUAAGCAGCGAAGUGGCGCUGAAAAGUGAAAAAGAUGGUGGUGGUAGGGGAUUGGUAGUGAAUACAGUUUUGUGUGGUGUUGUUGAUGAACUUUCCAACGGGAGGACCGGGCGUAGGGGAUCGUGGGUGCGACAGGCAGUCAUGGGGGUGCUUAGGUGGAAAGAUUUGACAGGAGUCAGGUCCAGUACUCCCACUGAACAGAAAGAGGUGUCACGUCCUGUACACAGCCGGCCUGCUUCAGUGGGCGGUACGGGGGUCACCCAGGACAUAUACGACGGGCAGGUGACGAGCCAAGGGGCGCCCUCGUCACCUAACACGAAUUUACUGACGAGGAGAUGCGAAGUCGCCUGUCAGGCUAGCCAGCGGCUUCUGCAGGAGAUAUUGGCUAAACCUGGUACUCCCCCCUCCGUAGUCCUGCCACCAAGAGGCGGUUACUGGGCAGAUGGCCUCGACGACAAUCCCUCAGAGGAGGACAACGAGCCCCGACCACAGCCCAGCACCCCACGCCAGCUUACAAGAAAACAUAACAUAGAUACAGAUGACACCGCCAAGUAUUACAGGCGGUUCUUUUUAGGAAACGAACACAUUAACUUGGUCGGCUUCGACCCAAACCUGGGCCCAGUGGUGAUGUCCCUAAAGAACGAACAUAUGGCUGGCCAGGACCACACUAGGAUACUGUUGAGGCUACACACAGAAACCAUGCAUGGACUUAUACCUGUUACAAAUCCCGGCACCAUGCAAUCACCUCUGAAAAUGGCUAAAAUGCUGAACGAACAAAUCAACGUAAACAACUUCACGCCAGUAAUGUGUCUAAACGCAUCUUCCCUUAUCGCCGCGUACGACGAACAUGUCCUUGUAAACACGUUCAAGUUUGGAGUGCUUUACCAGAAGUAUGGACAGACCACGGAAGAAGAAUUAUUCGGGAACAACGAAACGUCGCCAGUUUUUAACGAAUUCCUUGAAAUGCUGGGCCAGAAGAUCCAGCUACGAGAUCAUAAAGGUUACAGAGGAGGCCUGGACAUAAUGAACGGGCACACGGGCACGGAAGCGGUGUACGAGCGCUUCUCCGACCGCGAGAUCAUGUUCCACGUUGCGCCACUGUUGCCGCACACCGCUGGCGACGCGCAACAGUUGCAGCGGAAGCGACAUGUUGGCAACGACAUUGUCGCUAUCGUGUUUCAGGAGAGAGCAACACCAUUCACUCCAGAUAUGAUUGCUUCUCACUUCCUGCACGCUUUUAUAGUUGUUACGCCUGUUGAAAGCGCUGAAGGGGAGACCAGGUACAAAGUGGCCGUCACAGCACGUAGGGACGUACCAUUCUUCGGGCCGACUCUCCCGCAGCCGCCGAUAUUCCGCAAAGGACGCGAGUUCAAAGAUUUCCUCCUCACCAAGUUGAUCAACGCCGAGAAUGCGUGCUACAAAGCGGAGAAAUUCGCCGAAUUAAAGUCACGAACACGCACAUCGUUGCUACAAACGUUAGCUGAGAAGUUGAAAAAGAAAACUGUAGAAUUCCUUGGUACGGGGUCGAGGUGUGAAGCGGGCGCUGUAUCGCCGCAACCAGAAGGCACGCCUAAACAAGAGGGACCCGGGGCAAAGUUUAUAGGCACGGUCAAGAAAGCGAUUAUCUCGAAAGUCAGAUCACCAAGUGUAGACACGAAUCUUUCAAAUGAUAGUAAGAAUGCCGCCAAUAAGAAAAUCACACCACAUGAGACGCCCACCCCUAAUAGCGGUCGAUCAAAAACGUCGAUCCCGUCAUCAUCAGCGAGCGCAGUGUCCGUCCGGUCGGCGGGCGGCUCCGCGGGCUCGGGCGAGUCCAGCCCCGACGUGACGUCACGGGCUGCCAACCCACGCGCACCCCUGCACGACCACAGCGAUGACUCUAGCUUGAAUUCUGUUGAUCUCGAUCCGUUGGGUGCAGUAUACGUAGACAGUGACACGGGAUUAGAAUCGAUGUCCUCAGCCGAAGUGGGUGCAGCGAACAAUCGAGAACAAGUUUUGCCGCCAAAAGACGCUGAACAAUUGCGACAAGAGGUCUGCCGCCUGAAAAAUGAUAAACUGGAUCUUUUGAAACAAAAUAUUAACUGGCAAAACGAAAUCAAGUGCUUACGAGAAAAAGUCAUCACAUUGCAGGCUGAACUAGCAGCCGCCGCAAAAGACAGAAGACUUCGAGAACAAUCCACCACGAUCAUACCCAACCCUUCCACACAUGACUCCACAGCUUAGAUCAUAAGCAAAGGAAUCUAAUCAUUAUCAUCUACGCUAUUAAGUCGAUUUUCGCAUGCAUAUUGCUAUCGAUUCAGUAAUGAUUCUUAUAAAUACGAAUUUCCAUUAGUAAUCUCAAAGGAAGAUUUGAUUUGAUUGUUGAUUAAAUUCGUACAAAUUAUUUAAUAUCUGCGCAUAAAACUUCCUGCGCCAAGCUGGCCUAAUAUGAUAGUAAAAUAGUGCAAUAUUUAUAUAUUAUACUAUAUCUAGCAAA